AUGGUGUCGUCAAUAAAUCGGGUGUUGAGAAAUUUGGCGUCGCAGAAGGAACAGCAGGCGUCCGCACAAAAUGAAUCAGUGUAUGACAAAUUAAGGAUGUUCAACGGGCAAACGCCGGGCUGGGCCUGGUAUCCGGGAACCCCCACGGCACCCCCACUUGGCCUCCCUCCAGCACCCACCGCGCUCACUAGUCAAAUAUCCAGGGAUGAUUUACAGAAGAGGGCUGAUGUAAUGCACGAGAACACGUCUGACGGAAAUUCCGAACAUAAUUCUUCGGGUGAUGAAGACUCCCAGCUAAGGUUGAGACUGAAAAGGAAACUACAGAGGAAUAGAACGUCGUUUACCAAUGAACAAAUCGAUAGUUUAGAAAAGGAAUUUGAGCGGACGCAUUAUCCAGAUGUUUUCGCCAGGGAACGACUAGCGGAGAAAAUCGGUUUGCCAGAGGCACGUAUCCAGGUCUGGUUCAGCAACCGACGGGCGAAAUGGAGGCGCGAAGAAAAAUUACGAAAUCAACGUCGAUCUGUCGAUCACGUCGGAGCUGUCAGCCCCCCGGCGUCGGCCCCCCGCUUGCCAAUCAAUUCCGGCUUCAAUUCCAUGUAUUCGUCGAUACCGCAGCCCAUUGCGACUAUGGCCGACACCUACAGUUCAAUGCAGAGUGGCCUGUCAUCUAGCUGUCUUCAGCAAAGAGAGGCGACAGGAUACCCCUAUAUGUUCCACGAUCCCUUGCAUUCGUUGAGUUCUUCGUACAACCCGAGGAGUUGUAACCCGGCUGUAGCACACACGCAACCUACAACGCACCAUCCCUCGUAUGGAAGUAAUGCACCUUCUUCAGUACCUCCUUCAACUGGAACAGAAUCUAGUAAAGAAUCUCCGUGUUUUUACAAUUUAGUUAACGUUGUUGUAAAAAAUUGA